GGACAGACGCCGGCCCCCGAGAUUGGCUCCAGCUCCGGACCCGACCUAGAUCUCUGCCCCAUGCGCUCGGCAGGUAAAAGCGCUGUACACCUGCGCGCUGGGACUAGGGUUGCCUAGCAGCGGAGCAUCCUGCGGCGUCACUCUGCCCCACUGAGCGCUAGAGCCUGGACUCGUAUUUUAUUGAAGCACCAGAAAUAGCUGCAGAUGAAUUGGGUAUUUAUUUAGCCAAUAUUUUACAGCCACUUCUCGGUUAGCCGCCCUCACCCCCGCCGCCUAACCUCUGCGGCUGGUCCCAAAGUCCCGGGGUCACCGAGUGGCUUGACUUGGCUCGUGCGCCUGCGCGGCAGCCGCAAGACUACAUUUCCCAGAAGGGAGGAGAGGAAUCUGGUCCGGACGCAUGACAGCAAGGCUCGCACUAUCUCUGAGCUGGCGCAGUUGCUGAGAUGUCUGUUUUCAGCCUUAUCCACGACCUAAGGAGGAGGUCUGGGAGACAUGUUCGCCACGUGGAAAUUACUGACAUUCCAAGAUGUUGCUGUGGAAUUCACCCAGGAGGAAUGGAGCUAUUUGGAUCCUGGCCAGAAGGACAUGUACAGGGACGUGAUGCUGGAGAACUACCAGAACUUUGUCUCUCUUGGGCUUCCAGUAACUAAACCAACUGUGAUUUCUCGGCUGGAGAGACAUGAAGUCCCCUGGCUAUUAAGGGAAGAAGACCCCAGAUGCAUUUCUGAGGAUUCCCCUGUUGAGAAAAGAGAAUAUGAAACCAAGGAGUCAACUCCGCAACAAUGUAUUACUACUAGAGAGCCAACCAUAGAGAGACUCAUAAAGGAUGAUUUCUGCAAAUCUAAAUUGGGAGACGUUUGGAAUUAUGAUACUGGAUUAGAAAGGCAGAUAAACAAUCCAGAAAGACAGUCCAUGAAGCUAAUAGUUAAGCACUGCAAAACUUCAAGUAGCAGAAUGUUCUUGCUUAAGAACCUUUAUAAGUUUAAUAAAUACAGGAAGUUUUAUAGUCACAAUUCAGAACUUAAUCAUUCCCAUAGAGUGUGUUCUCAAGGAGAGCCUCAUAGAAUUAAUGAAUGUGGCAAAACCUUCCACAUCAAUUCAAAUCUUAGUGUACAUGGAGGAAUUCAGGCUGGAGUGAAAUCUCAUAAAUUUGGUGAACGUGGUAAAGCUUCCAGCUACAAUUCAAAUCUUGCUGUUCAUCUGAAAAAUCUUCUGGAAGAAAAGCUUAUUACACAAUGCAAUAAAGGUAGGAAAAGUUUUAGCCAGAGGGGAUAUCUUUAUCUAGACAAGAGAAUUCCUACUAGAGAGAAACCCUAUAAAUGUAAAGAAUGUGGAAAAGUUUUCAGAGAUGAGGCAUCCUUUAGUAGACAUGAGAAAAUUCAUACUGGAGAGAAACCACAUAAAUGCAAUGAAUGUGGAAAAGCUUUCAGAUUUAAGAAAGGUCUUGAUGUGCAUGAGGCAACUCAUACAGGGCAGAAGCCACAUAAAUGUAAUGAAUGUGGAAAAGCCUUCAGCCGGAAGGAUCACCUAAAUAGGCACCAGAAAAUUCAUAUUGAAGAUAAACCAUAUAUAUGUAAUGAAUGUGGAAAAGCCUUCAGGUUUAAGAGAGACCUUGUUGUACAUGGAGCAACUCAUACUGGGGAGAAGCCAUAUAAAUGUGAAGAAUGUGGAAAAGCCUUCAAACUUAAGGGAACCCUUCGUAUACAUAAGAAAAUUCAUUCUGGAGUAAAACCAUAUAAAUGUAAUGAAUGUGGGAAAUCCUUCAGGUUUAAGAAAAGCCUUGAUAUACAUGAGGCAACUCAUACAGGGGAGAAGCCCUACAAAUGUAAUGAAUGUGGAAAAGCCUUCAGCCAUAAAGAUCUCCUUAAUAGGCAUAAGAAAAUUCAUACUGGAGAGAAACUGUAUAAAUGUAUUAAAUGUGGAAAGGCCUUCAGUUGUAAGGAAAGCAUUGAUAUACAUGAGACAAUUCAUACUGUGCCCUAUAAAUGUAAUGAAUGUGGAAAAGCCUUCUGGCUGAAGGGAGGCCUUAAUUCACACAAGAGGAUUCAUAGUGGAGAGAAACCUUAUAAAUGUAAUGAAUGUGGAAAAGCUUUCCGGGAGAAAGGAGGCCUUACUAGACAUAAGAAAAUUCAUACUGGAGAGAAACCUUAUAAAUGUAAUGAAUGCAGAAAAGCCUUCAGUUGUUUGGGACAUCUUGCUAGACAUAAGAAAACUCAUACUGAUGUGAAACUUUAUAUAUGCAAUGAAUGUGGUAAAGUUUUUAAACGUAAGGGAAACCUAAAUUUACAUAAAAGAUUUCAUAUUAGAGAGAAACCCUAAAAAUUCUGUGAAUGUAGAAAAGAUUUUAAAUUUAUAGAAACUUUUAACAAAUUUAUAUUGGAAGGAAAUCCUUUUAAUGUCUCAAUGUUGAAGCAGACUAUAUCUGAAAUCCAAACUUUGCAUAAUAAAAACUGAGAACUUCUUUGAAUGGAAUGAAACUGAGAAAACUUUCUUGUACAGCUCAAACAUUAAGAAACGUUAGAUAAUUCAUAUUGGACAGAAAUCUAAAUGUAAAGAAUGUAAGAACGCUUUCAACCAGCGGAACACUUAGUAGAUUUAGUAGAAGCCUCACUGGAUAUGAACUUAUUUCGUUACUAUUUAUUUUACAUGAAAAUAGCUUCAUGGGCCAUGCAGAUUUAACAGAUUAGGCGAUCAUACUGACUGAGCAAUUGGGUUUGGGGGGGACAUCAUCCUUUAUAAUGGGGGACAUGGAGGAGUUGGGGGGCACAACUAGGGAGAAGUGGAUUGAAAUAUUGACAUUUCUGGCCUACAGUUAUUUAAAGAUGCCAACUAGACAAUCUCAAAGGUUGGACAUUGUAUGGAUUACAAAGCCAAGUAAACUCAAGCCUUAUCAUUCUAUGCAAACAAGACAGGAUCAUUUGUUUCAUUUUCCUGAUAAAGGGGAACAAAUGAAUUUAGUUAAACUCCACAUCAUAAAUACUAGCCAUUAUUAUUAUCUCAGUCUUUGUCUUAAUGUUUUUCUUUUCCCCUUCCCAAAUAUUUCUUGUUCCCAUAUUUGUUUACGCCCCUCUCCCUAAAUCACUUUCUUGUUCUUUUGGGUUUAUCCUGUAUGUUUCUCUUGAAUGUUUCAUACUCCUCCACCACCCACCAAAUAGAAUGUGAACUUAUUGAAAGCAGGAUCUGUCUCACUUUUCAUAGUUGUACUGUCAGCACCAAGCCUAAUUCCUGCCACAUAGUAUUUAAUAAAUGCAUACUGAUGUUUUGAUUAAUUUUUGUUUCUUUUACUCUGUGCUAUAUUUCCAGACCUCAGAACGUUGCUUUUGAAUCUUUUUCUAUAUUCCUAAUGCUUCUCAUGUAUUUGGCCAUCCUCUUGAGCUCUGAUGAGAUGAGAUCACAAAACCUCCGUGUUAGAAGAUUCUUCAGCAUAUCCAUUUACAACAUCACUAGCAAGUGGUCACUGGCCUUCAAUGAGGUUAGUGGCAGUCAGAGAGUUGUGGAAAUCCCCUUUUGGUUGACACAGGUUCUUUGUUAAAGAUUCAUGAACCUGAAGAGUUUUAGGUGGCAGAAAUGGAAGAUUAUUGUUGAAUAGGAAGCCAGCUUUGCUAAGAGACUGACUU